AAACUACAGUAGUAAUAACAUAUAGAAACUUUUUCACAAUAAGGGUGAUAUUAAGAGAGAUUUAGCCUGUUAAAUGCGUAGGAUACGGUUACCUUGAUAAUCGAAAGUUAACGUAAAAUGGGUUUUUCGAUAACCAGUGGUAAAUCUUCCAGUGGAAUUCAGACUACGCGCUAUCGGCAUUUGGUUGGAAUUUUAUAGCAUCUUAUAUGAGAUUUUUUGGAUAAUUUUCUUAAGCAGAUCUAUUUGCUCAAACAUUCCAGUUUAGAUUGCCACUUGCACUGAAACAAUUAAUUUUUUCGACUUCGUGGACAGCAUCAUAUUGUCUUAUAGCUGUUACUUUAGAAACAUUUAUCUUUUGCUUUUCUAAAAAAUAUUUUGGAAGUAAAAUUUAAAAUCUUACUAUAUAAAUUCUAAAUACUUAUGUAUAAAGAUAAAUAUAUAGAAGCACUUAUAUUGCUCUUUGCGCCAUACAAUAAUCUAAUAAAAUGCUUUAGUUGAUGAAUUUCUCUUGUUCAGAGUAGAAAUAGACAUUCGUAUCAAUACACAUAAAUAUAUUAGUUCAUACAUUGAAGUAUUAUUGAUAAUUUUAAAUUUUUAAUCCAAGAUCACUUUAAAUAAUUCGUGCAUAUUCGAAUUCAAAUUAUAUACAAAGUUAAUUCAUCUUUCCCUGUUGCAUUCUCUUAUAAAUUUAUUAGUUAUUCGCGAAAAUUUAUAUCCGGGUUUUAUUUCUGGAUCUUUGAUACUUUAUUCAGAAACUUUUUUUGAUGAUGGUCACUUUGGCGAUCUCUGCUCUUGCACUAGUGCACUACAACUUUUUCCCCAUGCUCUUGCAUUUUUAAAGUAAUCACCUGGAAUAACUAUGAAAAGUGGUUUUCCUGUUCGGGAAGUUACCAAAUAAUACUGUUGUCGAUUCUUCGCUCGUCAAGACCUGCAAUCAUUAUUCGAUCGUAGUAACUUUUUUCUGCAUUCUUGAACACAUGACAAAAUACAUGUCUAUCGUACGCGAUUGGUCGGCAGCCGUAAAGGUGGGGCCGUGUCCGAUCUUUAUGUUAAUAUCUCGAAGGUUAUUCUUCAACGAGUGCGUACAGCGAUCGGAAGUCUCGUCGGAAACUUAUACUCGUUUCGUUCGAUUUAAAGAAGUUUGAAUCAAAGAAGUAAACGAGAAACGUGAAACUCUUUGGGUGAUGAUACCGACCAGCACUGUCAGCCAACCGGUAGAAAUCGGUCUCCGUCUUACUGGCAUAUGGCCCAAUUCCUCGAUUCUCGUCAGAUUACUUUGGACAUUGGGAAUAGGAACGUCACUGAUCUUCCAAUAUUAUUAUCUUCUGAAGCAUUUCAACAUCAAUGAGCUGGCAAAUAUUGUAGACAGUUUAAGCAUCAUCAUGCCGCACAGUCUGCUCUUCUUCAAAUUAUUUAUUUUCUGGGUUAAUAACCGAACAUUCAACGAUAUUCUGGUGGCGAUGUCCAAUGAUUGGCACAAAUAUUCCAGUAUGUGCGUCAUGAUUGAUAAGGCGGUCCUUGCGCAUCUGUGCUCGAAAUUGACUAUUAGUCUUUACUCGAUAGCAGUGUUGCUUUUCAGUAUCGCGUCCAUCAGCUUUUCCAGGCAGACCAGUGACGAUUGCCGGGAAUUACUGAUAAAGAUGGAGUUUCCCUUCAAAUUUUGCGAAUCGCCAAUCUAUGAGAUUGUGACGUGCAUACAAUUUAUUGAUCUAAUAGCUGGUGGCUCUAUCGUAGGUGUACUUGAUGCAUUAAUGAUUACUUUGAUGUUGCACAUUGGUGGGCAGAUAGACCUUAUGCGACAGGAAGUGGAAGGAAUUUGUUCCAAAGAUAAAUAUGAUUUGCCUGUUGCUCUUGUGAGAUCUGUAAUCAAUAGGCAUCAUAAGAUUAUUACUUUCUCAGAACAAAUUGAGAUACUUUUCUCUUAUAUUGCACUGAUGCAAUUUCUUUUGAAUACAGUGGUCGUAUGUUGCAUCGGGUUUCUCAUGAUAACCUCAUUGGGCACAGAUGAAGGCAUAAGGAUAUUAAUGAAGACUAUGCUUUUUUAUGUUGCUGUUACUUUGGAAGCGUUUAUCUUUUGUUUUGCCGGUGAAUAUCUAAGUAAUAAAGUAAGUACUCAAAAUUAUUUGUUAGAUUUUUUUUGUAAAACUGUUAGAAAGAUUAUAUAUAAGAUGCAUUGUUAAUAAAAAGAUUGAACCAAUGCGCAGAGAUUGCUCAUGUAAUAAUAAAGCACUAUAUGUACAUACAUAUACAUGCAGGGCACUGUUUUGUGUUUCCAUAUGCAUUUGUCUUUUAUUUAUAUUUUAGAGCAAGA